AGGCGGCCGCUUCUCGGUGGUGGCCGCGGCUCUGAGUCGGUGGUGGCGGCGGCGGCGGUGGUGGUGGUGGGUGACGGAUGAGGUUGGCGAGCCGAGGGAUUUUACCGCUGGCUUGAAGCGUUCCCCAAAAAAAUAAAAACGACGACGACGACUUCGGAGGCGAAAUUAAAAGUUGAGGCGGUCGACGCAGACGGAAGAGAAGUGUGAAAGGCGAGUUUGAGUUGCGGAAGCGUGGAGAAGUGAACACCUGGCGCUGCGCGCAGAGACUGACGGAGGAGUGCGUGGACGAGAGGACGCACGCAGGAUGUAAAUAGCGCUGGCGGGGGAGGCAGCAGCGCCAUGUACAGCGGCAUGCGGGGCGGCGGCACCGGCCUGGGUGUGGGGCUCGGCGGGGUGGGCUCUGCGCUGCCGGCGGUGGGCGGGAAGUCGCUGGGCGCCGGUGGCCGGGGCCACCGCCGCGCGAGCUUCUUCAUCCUGCUCAAGGACCAGGAUGUGGACGAGCGGUGCGGGCCCGUGCCCAAGGGCAGCAUCUGCUUCACCGCCGACGGGCAGGACAUCUGGGACGCGCAGGGACGAACAAUGCUUGCUGUGACCUUUGUGGACUACCCGGACACCAUCGCCAAAGUGCUUCCAAAGGCAUUAAAUGAGCUGGAGGAGGACCUGGCGCUGUGCCUCAUCGCGAUGCCGUCUCGCGAGGACCGCCUGCGCGUCGUCGGCGACAGCGGGCGCCUCGAGAUGCUGCGCUCGCUCCGCCCGGGGGCCGUGGUGCGCGUGAACCUGGCGGUGGCCGGGCCGCGCGAGGCCAUCGGCGUCGUGCGCUACUGCGGCCCGCUCGACGACCGGCCUUUCUCCGGCACCAGUUUCGGCAUCGAGCUGCAGGGAUAUUACCGGGGCAAGGGUGUGACGGACGGAACGUACAGCGGCAAGCGCUUCUUCACGUGCGACGAGGAAUGCGGUGUCUUCGUGCACCUGAACCGCAUCGUGCGCUUGGAGAGCGAGGACGAGAAGGACUACCUGUACCCCGAGCGCACCAGCGUGCUGGACAGCCUCUCCCUGGACGGAAACAGCUACAAUGCGCUGGGAGUGGGGGGCAGCGGCGCUAACGGGGGGCCCUCGGCGCCGAGGCCGAUGAGGCCCAGGAGCACGCGGGACUCGUCGCCCGAGCACGGAGCCCAGCUGCCGACCGUGCACUCGGGGAGCCGGUACGCCGCGGGGUCGGACCUUGCGUCGCAACAGUAUCAGAAGGACCCCUCGCGCAACAGCCUGGCCGUGGGCAAGCGGCUCGCCCACCAGAGCUACAAGGCCAUUGGCGAAGGCCGCUCCUUCCUCAACAACCACAUGCACAACAGCGGCAUCGGCAACCACGCGCCCGACGUGAAACGCGGCCUCGGCGGCGGCCUCGGCGGGGGCGCCCCAGGAGACGGCGCCGCCGAUGACUAUCUCCCGUCCAAGUACGCCCAAUCGGCCGAGGCGUCUCUGCAGACGGGCGGCCGCAGGGGCGGCCCCGUGUUCUCGUCGUCGUCGCCGCCGUCGUCUUCGCCGGCGGUGCUGGGGCAGUCGAGGGGUUUGGGCGGCAGGCAGAGGCCGGGGAGCGAGCCGGCAAGCCAGUUCUACAACACUCUGGGCGGCACGCCCAUCGGGCAGAACUCGCAGACGACGUGGUACUGCGGCUCGCCGGCUGACCCGGACGCCGCGACGAGCUUGGGCGGGCGAUUCAAGUCGGAGCUGAGCCUGAAGCCGCUGCGGCCGCACGUGCCGCACACGUGGCCAGACAUGGGCCUGCGUUCUCUCGGCGACGCGGCCAGCAUCACCAGCGGCCUGGGCAGCAGCUGUUCCGUGGGCGGCGGCGGCAGUGCCGGCAGUGAAGGUUUUGCCGCGUUGCCGUUUGGUUCGGGGCGGUCUCGCCCCUCGCUCUGCAAGGCCAACUCCAACAUUGCGCCUUUCUUCCCGGCCGCUGAGAUGGUCGGCGGCCGGACGGCAGGCGAGGGCCGGCCCAAGGGGCUGCUGGAAGACGACGGGCCUGGGCCUCCUGGUGGCCUUACCGAUCCCGAGGGCCCUCCUUCGCGUCCCCGCACGCUCUCGGACCCCGCGGCUGCGGUGGCGGCGAGCUUGGGCGGCCUCGGCGAUCGGUCGCCGGCGACCCCUCCGACCCCCUUGUCGCCCUCGCCGGUCGGGGGCAAAUACGAGCUGGAGAAAGGCUCGCUGGUGGAGGUGAUGUCCAAGGAGAUGCGCGUGUUCGGGGUCAUCCGGUGGAUCGGCGUGCCCGUGGGCUUGGACGAGACGCUGGCCGGCAUCGAGUUGGAGGAGGAGAUGCAGGGCUGCUCGGAUGGAACCUUCAAACAGCACCGCUUCUUCACGUGUCCGACGGGGAAGGGCUUCUUCAUCCAGUUCAAGAAGUGCCGUCCGGACUCGCGCUUCAUGUCCAUGCCACACGUCGGCCUCGACCCCGUGCAGCGCUGCAACUCGCUCGCGUUCAGCAACUACCGGAGCGAGCGCGUGGAGGGAGAGGUGCCUCCCCCGUCGGAGAAGGAGGCCACGGCGGUGGUGUGCGGCCGCACGAAGGGCAUCCAGGGCCACUACAACUCCUGCUACCUGGACUCCACGCUCUUCUGCAUGUUCGCGUUCAGCACGGUGUUCGACGGCAUGCUGCACCGUCCGCAGCGUUCCAGCGACCUCAAAGAUUACAAUACGGUGCAGCAGCUGCUUCGCGAAGACAUCGUGAAUCCGCUACGCAAGAACGGCUUCGUGAGCGCCACCAAGGUCAUGCAGCUGCGGAAACAGCUGGACAAGAUCGGCUACGUCACGGGGCUGACAUGCGAGGAGAAAGAUCCCGAGGAGUUUCUCAACAUCCUGUUCCAGCACGUGCUGAAGGUGGAGCCCUUCCUGAAAAUCCGAUCUGGAAACAAGGACUUCCAGGACGGGCAUUUCUACCAGAUCUUCACGGAGCGUGACGAGCAGGUGAAGGUGCCCACGGUGCAGCAGCUGCUGGAGCAGUCAUUCCUCGCCGCCGACCUCAAGCUCGUGGAGACGCCCUCCUGCCUCAUCGUGCAGAUGCCCAGGUUUGGCAAGGACUUCAAGAUGUUCAACAAAAUCAUCCCCUCCCUGGAGCUUGACAUCACGGACCUGCUGGAGGACGCGCCGCGGGAAUGCCACAUCUGCGGCGGUCUCGCCGAGGAGGAGUGCAAGGAUUGCUACCACGACCCCAGGAUGGGACCCAGCUGCCUCAAGCAGUUCUGCUCAAUGUGCAACAAACAGGUGCACAGCCACCCCGAGCGGCAGCAGCACCGCUCGGUGCGGAAGCUCGUGGUGACGGAGGAGGUGCGCGCCGCAUUCCUGGGGCCCGGCCGGCAGCGGCGGCUCGGCGGCGGCGGCGGCUGCCUCGGCGCGGCCCGCGAGAGGCUGGAGCUGUUUGCGGUUCUCUGCAUCCAGACGAGCCACUACGUCGCCUUCGCCAAGCACGGCCCCGCACCACAGUCGUGGCUCUUCUUCGACAGCAUGGCCGAUCGUGAAGGCGGGCAGGAGGGCUUCAACAUCCCGGAGGUGCGCGAGUGCCCGGAGGUGGCGCAGUACCUGAGCAUGCGCCCGGAGGAGCUGGACGGCCUGGACCCACGCGUCAUGGAGGGCCCGGCGUCCCGCCUCCUGUGCGACGCGUACAUGUGCAUGUACCAGCACCGCGACAUGAUGCUCUACAAGUGACCGCUGCCACCUGCGCCCGCCCGAUAGCCCGCCUGCUCGCCAGAUCAACCGCCCGCCCGCCCGCCCGCCCGCCCGCCCGCCCGCCCGCUCACGUCUUCACCUCUCUGUUCUUAUUCUAUCCCAUCUGAGGGUUCUCCUUGCCCACGCGGACUCUUGGUUCCCUUUUGUCCUCCUCCCCCGGGUCGACCGGUGCCGCCACCAUUGGGCACAGCAAGACGUGCAGUGCGAGACAUUGCAGAGAGAGCCGUUGAGGCUGUACGUGGCUCUCGACACGGCCGUGAUGGAAAUGUCGGGAAAUAAUAUCCGCUAUUGGGUUUUAUCGCACGAUGAGGUUAUUUACAAAUUGUCGCUCGUUGACCAUAACGGGAACAUUUAUCAUUUGUCUUCAAUCGUAACGUCUGCAAUGAAGUCGCGCCAGGCUGCCGCAUUCACGAAACCCGACGAUCCUCUCUUGGUAGGUUCCCAGAUAGUGGCCCUUCUUCCGGCCCCAUUCCAUGAUUGCUCCUCCGUAGCUUGGAAGCCCCUCCGCCGAGCUGUCGAUUCCCUGCCCAAUGGCUGACUGUCACUUCUAUAUGCGUGGCAAGAAUAACAUCCCGUUGGUUUGUGCGGAGAGACUUGAUGUGCACUUGCAUUCGAAUGCAGGAGCAAAUUCACAUCCGACUCUCCCGGCUCCCCCUUCUCUCCCUUCUACACCUGCCCGGUCUCUCCCCUUUGUUCUCUCCGCUCCACACUGCCCUUCUCUCCCUUAGGAUUCUCUCCCCCUCUCUCCCCUUCUCUCCCCCUCCUCCUCGCAAACCUCCUCACCUUCCCUUCUCAAGGCACUCACAAUUCGCGUGGCUGUGGGAUUCCAGCCCUUGCUGCGUUCCCGCUUGGGCUGCCCGCGACUUGAAACACUCGGGGAUGGGGGGGGGAGUGGUGUGUGGAAGCUUCGUCGCGUCUGUAUCGUCUUCCCAUACACCCCAAAGAGAUGUGUAUACAUUUUUUUAUCUCGUUUUUGUUUCGUUUUGAUGGUUUCCUUUAUUAUUAUUAUUAAUGUUUUUGCAUUUAUGAUUUUUUUUUUUUUGUGUUAACAUCGGCCAUUAUGAUCGGUUGUCGUAAUUUUCUUUUUGUAAUUAUUGUUGCCGGGGUCUGAUUUCUGGUGCGCGCAAUGUCCGUUGGAUUUUUACUUUGCACCCCGUCAGCCGGGACGGGGCUGUCCGACGUUUGUAGCCCGCGCCCGUGCCCGAUACAACCCUCCCCUGCCAUGGAGAGUGCACGGUGCCGCCUUCAUCCGUUGAGCCUCACGGGAAAAAAAAAAGCUGCGUCCGCGGGCAAAGCCGCCCGCCGCGGCCGCCGCUUUUUCCCAAACCUCGCUCGCCACCGUAUACAACAAGCAGAACCGGCUGAUUGUUGGUGAACUGGCAGCAAGGCGAUCUUGGCAUCUGAGCUUCCUUCGCGUCGUUCAACCCCGGUGGGCACGCGUCUUCUUAGAACGUGGCGCCGCUUUGGCCACUCGGAUCGGAAUCGUAUUUGUCUUGGGGGAAACUUGAGACGCAGCUUUGUAACGCCACCUUAACCGGGCUAGGAUUUACUGUAGGCUGGACCUGCCCCUAAAUCAUAAAGUCAACGUCAUCCCGGCGUGCGUAGGACAGUCCCGGGGGACCCCCUGCAUCCGCUGCGAUGGAGUGCACGCACGUGCGCACGUGCACACACACGUGCACGUGCACACACACACACGUGCACGCACACACGUGCACGCACACACACGUGCGUUUCCCGUGCAGUGUGCGUGGGGUCGAGUUGGCGCGCCGUCACGAUGCCGAAUGUCGCUCGCUCGCCGUUAGCGCCCCGUCGGCGCGAGCGAGCGAGCGAGCCCCGCUGUCUUACGCCGUCGCCUUUAUCAACGUCAGGGAAACCGCCCCGCCCCGCCUGACCCCGCCUGACCCCGCCCCGCCUGACCCCGCCCCGCCUGACCCCGCCCCGCCUGACCCCCCCCCCCGCGCGUCCGCGCGGCUGUUUAAACGCUCGGUUAAUUUGGUGGCGAAAAAGAAAAAAAAAGAUUUAAAAAAAAACUCCCCAGUGCAUGUUGCUCCGUGGGCGAUCGCCACUAGACUCUUCCCCCCCCCCGCCCCCCCGCCGCUGCCGCAAGCCGUGGCGGUGAAGUACACAAUACGGUGUGACGCGGCGGUGUGCCAUUGGCCGCGUUGACAACCCGCUAGGAGUUCUCCCCAUCGUCCCCGGGCUGUGCACUGUGGCCAUCGUGAACGCUGUGUUUGUGACCGUCGAGGAAAAGCAAUGACUCCCUUUAUCACGCGAACGUCGCUGCCUCCUCCGCCUCGUUGCUCCCUUGUUCCCGUGCACUUAGCCUGUGGCUCGUGUGUGUACAGUUUUGUAUUUAAUGCGAUAACCGCGUAGACCCCCUGCGCGCGCUCUAUCGGCUAACGAAGCGCGAACUUGGGUUCGCCAAGCCUGAAUGUACCACAUCUUAGGGAAUCGUGUACUGCGGCUGUACGUUGAAUCGUGAUACCGGUCGGAUUUGUGUGCUGUCAGUAUAGCGUGACCCGUUCUAACUGCUGCCAGCAGCAGCAGCAGCAUUUGCGACCAGGUCGGUGACCACGCUCUUUUAAGGCUCUGAAGCGACGGUGGCAGUUGCGAGCGCAGCCAAUCACGAGUUUCAUUCGCGGCCACUUCUAAAGUCAGUGUCGAGUGAUACCUGAACCGGCCUUACCACUCCCAUGCUUCCUUCUUGGUCAACUCCCACUGAUUGGUGCGGUGAAGUAUGGUUUACGCAUCCCCCAUGGAUGACAAGGCCCAGCCAGUGGACUGACCGAGGCUGUAAAUCUACAACCAUUGUUAAAUAUCCUUGAGCGUGAUACUUGACUUUUAAUGGGGGCUCGCAGUGGGACGGCUUCAGAACCUCUCCACUGCUGGCUUAUGGUGAGCCACUCCGGGUCAAACGAAGGCGCAAUAACAAGCCCCUGCCAAUUUGGAGCACAAAUUUAUGACAAUUGUGAAUGGGAUCUGCAGGCGAAGGCAGAACCGAAAUCCGUGGGAGUGGCCACUAAAAUAAGUGAUUGCCUACGACCCUGGAUAUACACAGCCCUCUUUAUCGAUCCACUGCUGGAUGAGGACCUCCACAGACCACGAGUCACCGUCGAGUGCAAUGCCUUUUUCUGCUCUCCGCAGUGUCCGCUUGCGCGGGGCCCCAACGGCAACCUCAAGCAGGCCGUUCGGUUCCCGCCGGUGGCCACCCAAUCAUGACAAUUUAGGUUCAAUCCUUGCCUCGCUUCUGAGAUUGGACAUGAAAAUCAAUGAAUUAUGCACGACGUUAAAGUGGCAGAUAAGUUCCUACUUUGAAAGUACGUUCCGGUUUAAAGCAAGAUCCAGCAAGAUCCAUGGCGUUAUGUUGAGCAUCACUUGGCCACAUUUUUUUUCUGCAGUACGAUGGCUGAAUACCCAUAAAAUCAAAACAACGUUUUGACCGAUUCUCAGCCACUGCCAACAUCAGUGAUGGUAACUGAACCCACAACCCCCGCACUGUGACCAACAGAGUCCAUCAACCUUCCAAUGACCUCGCCGCCAAUUAGCACGGUUGGCUACGUACGGCGCGAAGUAAGUUCAACGUACAUACAUUUGACUGAGCAGCAGCACAAAGCAUUUGCCGUCCUCUAACGCGGGACCCGCGGAUGAAAGAAGCCCGUUGAGGCGCAUCAAAAGUUGCCGCCUUUGCCAGGGAGAGGCAGACCUGGGUUAAUCACGCACCCGGAAAGGCUGGCAGUGGGCGUGCGACUGGCGUUAUAGUGACAGCAGAAUUCUCCACUGGUACCAGCUCAACUCCUGUCGGUUUAUUUUCAGCAACAAAAAUGUCCUCGUUUAGCAAUGCCCGCCAUUGCCCACAAAAAAAAAGACAAAUGAAUGACGACGACGACGACGACGAUGGGAAUGUUGAGUAGAGAAUGCCGACUGUGCCCGAAGCGACUUUGUGGUCAGUAUGGAGUGCUCGUGGGCACAUUGUGCUGACGGCGUGUUUCCACGUGCGGAUUGUUGCAUAGCGAGCUGCAGAACUUUGUUCGUUUGAAUGGCGCCGCCUGCGGUUGUUCGGGUGAAGUGCCCCUUGUUAAGUACGCCACGAUCUUUUGCUUUGCAGCCAAAGUAUACGAGCAACUCGGCGAGCUUUUUCUUCGUGUUCUUUGCAGGUCACAAAUUAGCAAUCAAACAUUUAAUUCAAGAACUGAAAGCGUCCUUUUUGCGAUUUACUAUCCAGAACUUUUUAGCACUUAUGCCUGAGUGGUAAAGCCAGGCUAAAGGCCCCCCCCCCCCCCCCAUGAUACGCUCGGGGCAGUGUCAUGGCAAUUGUCAACUGUGACCGCUUGGUUUGGCAAUGGCAUUGGGGGGCCAUUGGUAGCCAGCCGCUUGCAGGAUCCCCUCGUUUUUCGCGAGGGACACGUUCCGGAGAUGCUCGUGAAUAGCCAUUUUUUUGCGGAUGGUAUUGCUAAUGAAUAGCACACUGCACGGAUAAUGAUAUUUGGCCUACGAAAACCAUUGCAUCUUUUUUUAAUGAAUUACCUUACAUAAAUAAAUUCAUAAAUAAGUUACUUAAAUAUAUGAAAAUUAUAACAUGAAAACUAUUUAAAGUGGUUAUACUAAACCAAAGUAAAUACAAAUUAAUGUAUUAAAUUAAAGUUUAUGAAUGAACGUACCCUAUCUCAUCACUUUCUCUAAUCACUUUAAAUGCAGCCGUAUAAAGUGCCAGGUGUGAUUCGCAGAUUGCCCAAAUCGUGGAUAAGUACGUUUGUAAUCAUGAGGGAAUACUGCACACAUCUAUUCUGUAAACUUGAGUCCGUUUUAUAUUUGGCGUAUAAACUAAUUCCGAACGAACGGGGUAUGAUCCUGGUUCCUUCCGCGCAAAAGUUUCCUUUUUCCAGAUUCUACCGUGUGGUAGAAGCUGACCUUAUCACGUGUGUGGCCUGCAAACAAACCCCGCAUUUGACUUUGGAGGGCAUUGGCAGGUCCCCGAGAAUAGACAGGACCGCCUGUGAAAGGGUUCAAAACUGGAGGCCAAUGUCCCCCACAUCUGGCCCGCGAAGGCUCUUGGAGUAGCCCAACAAGCUGCCCCUCUCACAAACAAAGAGUUACAGACCCGUGACGUAUGAUGUCACGUGCGCUCGUGUUUCAACGCCCCGGGGUUAAAUGUAGUAGCUAAAAACCCUGGCGUAGAAGUGAACGGGACUUCCGUCUUGCCAGUGACAAAAUACUUUGUUGAAAAGCGUGGGGGGGGGGGAGCAGGUUAACGAGAGACAAUUGGUUUGCAGAGCGCACAAAAUCUGCGAUUGAAUUGGAAGUUGCCAGUUGCACGCGAGGUGGCAGCAGAGGUCAGAUUCGCCAAAACUAGAUGAGCAAACAGAUUUUUUUUCGUGGUAGAAAAUGGUAUUGGCAACUGUUGCCUGUGACGAUUGCCUUACAAUUGCUCCGGUGUUUCAUGGCCUGAAGCAGUGGUUCCUAACCUCUGCUGCAGCCUUGCACCCAUUUGGUUCUCAAUUGUAAAAAAAAACAAAUGUAUAACGGUAAUAAAUGCGUAGAGGGUUUGAUGAAACAGAGUGGUUGUACUUACCUGCCCGUGCUUCAACUGUGUUUUGAUGAUUUACCUCCAAUGCACCCCAGGUUAAGAACCACUGGUCUCAAGGCAAAAACCCCCCGUCAAAAAUUAUUGUGGAUUCAUGUUUUUGUAGGCCAUGGUGCCCAGACCAAAUAUUUGACUUGUUAGCACCCCGCUUGAGAUGGCGAAACUUGAGUUGCACCAACGCAUUUAAAUCGCCAAUGAAAGCGAACUGCAAUAAUAACCUUAUUCGGCGAAGUGCGUUAUCGCAAGAUCCGUUUUUAUUUGACGCGCGAAGAACGUGGCAUGGCUUCCCAUCUGCCACCGCUCGUAGUCGCCGAUUCCCAGACUUGUCCGGGUUGGUGUCCAGGCGGGCGGGGGAAAUAAUUUGCGCCGAAAUCUGGCGGCGGAAUUUGUUGUUGCGUCGCGGGUUGUCGCAGUGAACGGCACAGCUCUUGAUGAGAGACCUCGUGCUGGCUGAGAAAUAAGUCCCGCGUGUGGUCUACGUCGGGAAAGGACGCGGCCCGAUCCUCACGCACCACCCUGUGCUCUGGCCAAUGGAUUCGUGUCCUUCAAUUUCCUUUCAAGCCCCCAACCCGCCCCAUCCCAUGAUCGUCGCACUCGACUCUUUGCGUUGUUUUGCCAAACGACAGAAAAUCACGGGACGUUGCACCCCCUUACGAUUUUGUCACCUAUCCUUAAGUUAUCAGCUACCCGUAGCGCGUGGUCAGGAGCGCGGAGGGGCAGAGGUUCGGCGGGUGAAGGGAACGUAGUGGACGGGACUCGAACUCUUGCCUCGCUGAACUCUGGGACGGACGCCUUAUACGAAACCAGCACCGUGCGCUUGCGCGGCAGCUCCGACGGCUUAGAAGUGCGUGUCCGGUUCGUUAAUGCGACCGCCGAUUGCGUGCGUGUCGCACGUUCGCGUACUGCAAUUCUGUGCCGUGCUCGCGUACCGUGCUCGCGUGCUGUGCUCCUGUACUGUGCUCCUGUACUGUGCUCCUGUACUGCGCUCGCGUGCUGUGCUCCUGUACUGCACUCCCGUGCCGUGCUCCUGUACUGCACUCCCGUGCUGUGCUCCUGUACUGCACUCCCGUGGUGUGCUGGCGUACUGCACUCCCGUGCUGUGCUCCUGUACUGCACUCCCGUGCUGUGCUCCUGUACUGCGCUCCCGUGCCGUGCUCCUGUACUGCGCUCGCCCAGACCAGACCCUUGCUCUCGCCUCCCCGGUUGUCGCCCUCCUCUCCGAAGCCGAUACGUUCGAUCCGUUACCGCCUCGACGAGUUUGCCUCGUCUCGCGAACGAUCGUUUUUGGGUUGCGCGGGGUUCCGUGUCAAUAAAUGACCAAUGAGAGCUCUUCACGGCGCGGGGAAGAGGGACUGUUCCUCGCUCAUUUACAGCACAACUGCAGCGGAGACUGGGGCUGGAUUUAGGGCCCCCCCCCGCCUUCCUUCCCAGAUGCUGCAAUGGAGAAAAUCUCCUUUCCUAUCCUCUCGCACGAACCUUCCUCUUACACGUGCAGACAGCAGUCACUCAAGGUACAAUUGCUGACAUUGUUCAUAUUAAUUAAAGUCAUUCAAUUCUUAAAAAUUACGGGUUCCCCCCCUCCCCCCCUAUGGGCUCCUCUGGAAUUCUGGGCCAUGGACAAUUUGUCAGCCUCCUCACCCCAACCCAAAAUCCAGCCCUGAUCAGAGCAGCAGAAACCUCCUCACAGAGAAAGUACUGCAUGUUGGUGUUACCGCACUGGCUUUGAAUUAAAAUGCCGUUUGCCUCG